AUGAUACCAUCUCCAUAUUUUUGUCAACAACAACAACAACAACAACAAAAUCAUAAUAAAAAUGAAAUACCUUCUUCACCAUCAUCAUCAUCAGAUGAUGAAUCAAAUAAUAAUUCAUUUUAUCAUAAUCCAUAUCAUUCAAGUGGACAAAUGAAUUAUAUUGAUGUUCCACAACAACAAUAUACUAAUGAACAUACAUAUCCAACAUAUCUUGCACAACAACAAACAUCCGAUAUAACAAAUCAAUCUAUUGAUGAUCAAAUUCAUGCGAAAUUAUUAUUAUUACAACAACGUGGAAAUCAAUUUCAACCUCAUUUACAUAGACAUUAUCAUUAUACCUAUAGAAAUCGACCAGUAUCAACAUCUAAUUCAUCAUCUAUUCCGAAUACAGAUAGGGAGAAAACGAAUAUAAAUGAAGAACAAUUCGAACAAGAAGAUAACGAUGAUGGUGAUAAUUCUAGUAUACCAACUUAUUAUUCUUCUGGUCAAUAUUCAAGUUUUGAUGAACAUUUUGAUUUUGCAUCUGUUGUUCUAUGGUAUCGAAAUGUGAUGCGAUCUGUCAAAAAAAUAAUGUGA